UUUAUGGUGUUCAUUUACAAUAUCAGCUAUUGCUUCGUUGCAUCAAGUCAAUUUAAAUAGUAUGAGUACACGCAAAGUUCAUUCACCUGGACCAAAUGAUAUUAUCUACUGGCGUUAUCAUUGGAAGAAGACAGAUCCUGUUAUGAUGGCGAGGAAAAUUGGUACAGUGAAUUGGGUUCUUCUACGUGAUAAACUUAAUGAAAUGAACCAAACACAUGACAAAGAAACUGAUCCUCAUGCUCUUCGUGCUCAGAUCAUUGCAUCUCAAGUAGAAAAUAUGACGAGGCAAUCAAUACCAAGUCAUCAAGACUACGAAAAAGAUGAAAAAAGUGUUGACAAAAUAAAUACAAAAUCGACUGCCUAUUGUGGAGGUCCCUACACAAAGGGAAUGACACCAGAAGAAAGAAAACAGUUCUUCAGAACAAAAUUAAAUCAAAAAGCACGAGAAGGAUUUCGUUUCUGGCUGACUGAAUGUCCAAAACCAACAAAAUUUGGCCAUUACUCGAUGGGAGCUAAAUAUACAUUUCUGGGCUUGUGCAAUGCUCCAAGAAGCUGAACGUUCUCUUAUCAUGUGGAUUCAUUAUUAACACACUACCAACUAAGAACGAAAUAUCCAAUUUAGUGAAAUCAUUGUGUUAAAUAAACAAUUAUAUGCCC